AUCCAAAUCUGCCCCUUCAGAGUGAUUCGCUUGAAAUGCUGAAGUCAUUGUGGGUGCCGAAGGACAGUGAACCCAAUUUGCAUUGGCCCCCUUCAUGUUGUCUUCGUGUGAGUUUAACAAUCAAAAGAGGCAAGAGACGCCUCAGUGACGGCAGCAGCUGUGGUUCGGGGCCGCAGGCAUCUUGAAGGACUUGUUCGGGGCGGCGGGCACGGGGGACCUUCGCUGAGCAGCUCCGUCAGGGAUGGAACCAGCUUUCGGAGAGGUGAACCAGCUUGGCGGAGUGUUUGUGAAUGGACGACCGUUACCCAAUGCUAUCAGGUUGCGGAUCGUGGAACUGGCCCAGCUCGGUAUUCGACCCUGUGACAUAAGCCGACAGCUCCGAGUUUCACAUGGCUGUGUGAGCAAGAUUCUGGCUCGCUUCCACGAAACGGGCUCUAUUCUUCCUGGGGCCAUUGGUGGCAGCAAACCUCGAGUGACCACACCAACUGUUGUGAAGCAUAUCCGCGCUUACAAACAAAGGGACCCGGGCAUCUUUGCAUGGGAAAUUCGUGACCGGUUACUGGCAGACGGUGUGUGUGAUAAGUACAACGUGCCUUCUGUGAGUUCCAUCAGCCGCAUUCUGAGAAACAAGAUUGGCAGCCUUAGUCUGAGCCAGCAAAACCACUACGAAGGUGGCAGUACCAGCAACAGCAGCAAACUCCCCACGUCCCUACAUGGCGCCCCUCCCCCACAGCCUGCUCUUACUUACAGCCCCAUCUACUCUUAUCCAAGUCCAAUGGGAGCACCACCACCAGGUGCCACCAAAGUGGCGAGUCCUCCAGGGGUUCCAGCGGCUCUGGCCAGCUCCAUGGUGAUGGCUACUAGGACAUGGCCUUCAUCACACUCAGUCACAGAUAUUCUGGGCAUCCGACACAUCACUGAACAAGUGGCUGACAGUCCGUCUUCCUACACUAGUGCAAAAAUAGAGGAAUGGGGCAGUUUGACCCGAAAUACAUUCCAGGCCUCCCCACACCCGGCAGUGAACGGACUUGAGAAAACGUCUUUAGAGCAAGAAGCUAAAUACAGUCAGGCACCAAAUGGUUUGCCAGCAGUAGGUGGCUUUGUCUCAGCAUCAGGCAUUGGUUCGUACCAUCCAGGCCCACAGGUGUCACCUUACAUGGCAUAUGGUGCAGCUCCUUCCAGCUAUAUGACAAGUCACGGAUGGCAGCCCACUGCAGGGUCUACUCUUUCUCCACAUGGCUGUGACAUUCCUACACCACUAACCUUCAAGGGCAUGCAAGCAGCAAGAGAAAGUAGCCAUCCUGUAACAGCAUCUGCACUGUGAUGCCAGAAGAGAUAUCUGGACUGCUUUAAACUGAGAGUUUCAUUUUGAAAUGUGGAAUGACAUGCAUUUUACAAUGCCAAGAUUCAGUAAUUACAGACUUCAACAUCUCAUGGCUAUGACCUGAAAUAACAGAAUGAUAUUAUACAAACUGAUGAUGACCAGCAUCUAAGAUUAACAUUUGUAACAGCUCUUACUUUUAAAUUAGGACUACAGCUGGUCUGUAAUACUUGUGCACUUUUGUAGCAUAAAGAGACAUUAGGCACCUAGACUGUUAAAUCUGUCAAAACUAUGCAUAUAUUUAUUGUAGAUCAACAUGGAUAUUUAAAGUGCAACUGCAGGCACUGAAAUUGUGAAAUCACGAAGCAAAACAUCAAACAAAAAAUCCAUAAAUGUACUAUGCCAUCUGAUGCAAUAUUAUUCAAAAUGUCAGCAUGUUUUAUGGAUUUGCUCAUUUAGCAGGAUGCCGACAGGUUAUGCAACAUUUGCAAAAAAAUGGAUUUCACUAAUUUGUCAAAACACAAAGCAGGAUUUUUACCUUUCACCAAAGCAUCCUUGAAGAUGAUGCCAUAGCAUGCAUUACCAAAUGUACAUUUCUAUUCAUUUGUAAAUAUGGAUUAUCAAUAGUAUAUUCUAUUUUUCUAAUAUACUAUGUCUUUGUCUUAGUUUAUUUUUCCUGAACAUUUUGUUUUGAUUGCUUCCUUUUCUUAGCAAUGGUGGUGGGCUGCUCAGAAGAUAUUUGUUGUAGAUACAUACACAGUGAAAGCUUAUACAUUUUAUGAAGGACUUUUUACUUGUUAAUAGAAAAUCCAAAAGCAAGCUAUAUAAGUCUUACAUGCCAUAUCCAAAUUUCUAAGCCAUAAAAUAUUUUUACUGUAUAAAUUUAUAGUAAAAGAUGUGGAGAAAACAAAACUUUAAAGUGAAACAAACCAGAGCUGUACUGUACAAUGAAAUUCACUCACAGUUCAAACUGGACUUCAAAGAGUGACAUUAGUAACAUUAGUAUGAAAAUAUAUGAACUGUUAGAGAAAAACUGCCUACAAACCUUUUCUUUCCAGAUUUGUUAGCUUUUAUUUAUUUUUGUGAGGUCUGAUUGUUUUCUUUAAUGAAUGCAGCAAUGAAUUUGGUAAUGCUUACAAUGUUCAUCACAAAACAUUUAUCACUCACAGACAUACUGGUGGUGGUGGUACAAUCUGUGUAACAUAAACAUUAUUAAGUUAUUUGUUUACUGCCUCUGAAUAAGUAGUUAAGGAUAGUCAGGUCAGAGCUUCCAGAAAAGUACUAUGCAACCUGUGCCAUACUGCAAAAAAAAAAAAAAGUUUUAACAAUUCAUAUUCAGCAAAAUUCUCUGGACAUUGUGUAUGCAGUUCACUCAUAAGCAGUGGCAUUCUUGGACAACCACAUAGUGUCACUGCCUUAAACAUUUCCAGAAUUAUAGAUUCCACAUAACAUUAUAGUGAGAAAAUUAAUAUAUCACUAUAAGAUAACACAUUAUAGAAUAAGGACUGGCAUUUCUCAGUAUAGGUUAGUGACACAUGCAAGUAUAACACCUAUGGAACAUCAGCAUUAUAAGGUGCAAAUUUGAAUACCCUUUGCUAGGUAAAUGUAACUUGCUUGUAGAAGUGCAUUAAUACUUCCUCACUUACAAGACAAAAUGCAUUCUAUUGCACUCAAGAAUGUUUUAUUUGCUGUCUUCUUGACUUACUGAGUACAUAUUUGCCCUGUCAAAUGGCCUUAAGUUGUUUUUUCCCAUACUUAAACAAUACUUGUGUUAUGUUUAUUGUAAUAUGUGUUGUAUUUUUCUUUCUGCUUAUCUACUUCUACAGAUUAAACCUACCAGAGAACUCAUUUUUCACCUUACUUUAAAAAUACUCAUCCAUGACUGAUUUCAAAAUGACCAGUGAUGCAAAACAUUAAAUGCUCCUUAAGUCAGUAUAGUGUUACUAAUGAACACUAUAGUACCAUGUAUUGUUAGUUAAGGAGUGUCACAUGUCUCAAAAACAUACUCUUGGUUGAAAACAUGUAUCUUUAAAACAUAUUUAAUUUAUUGACAUUCUUCAGGCAGACAUGUCUGAUUCAUAACUGUAUCUCACAGAACUCUGGAAAUCAAACUUGGGAUUAUGUUAUGCUAUAGUCAAGAAACAUCAUUUCCUUAUUACUAUGCCUCUGACAAUUUGUAUUUUUGACAAAGAAGUAAUCAUUAUUCCUUUACAAUAUCAAUCAAAUGCAGUGUGUUUUGAUCACAUAUGCCUUGUAUACCUUGCAACUUAAACAACGUCUUUCCAAGAAGGCGAAUUCUCGGCCAUACUUACCAUGAGGUUUUGCUGCUCAUACAUAACAAAAGAAAAAUAUCUGGUAAUAAUCAUCUAGAACUACUUUUUCACCAGUAAAUAGUGUUUAUAUCUUAGUAGUUGUGCAUUAUUUGGAUUUACAGAUCUAAAUGCUAAUUUCUUAAAUGAUUUCAAAAUAUGCCAAUGACAGUGCUUGAAGAAAUUAAGCAUUUUAUAUUGUAGACCCCAAGUCUUCCAAGUUCAAAGUUUUAAAGGUUCAAAAUGAUAAAUAUUUUUACACAUAUGCUUAGAAAACUUAUAUAUAAUUGUUAUAAACAAGAAUAGCAAUUCCAGUGUACAGUGGCACUUUAAAUGGUGAUGGUAAAAGAGAUAUCGGAAUUAAGUCACAUUCUUAUAGUUUAUAUUUACUAGCCAGCAUUCUGUGUGCACAUCUACAAGUACAUAGACUUAAAUAUAAAAAUAUUAAAUGCACUAAAUUUGCAUUUAGAAGCACUGCAUAAUAUUAUGUAAUUUUUACUGCAGUAAAAGCCCAUUUAUUUCCAAAAACAUAUUUUAAGACAAUAACUUUGAGCAUCUUGAGAAUCUUUUGUUUUUGUUAGGAGGAGUUUUAAUAAGGCAUAUUUGCAUUCCAUCCAGAAUUUUUUUUUAAGUUUCACUGACCCUGGUUGUAACUGAAGACUAGGAGAUUUGUAAUAAAGAAUUAGAUCAUGUUUUUGAGAAAAUGUACAUCAAGAGGCUGUAUCUGUAUAUAUGUAAAUGCCUUUUAUUUUUAUAUCUUGAAUGUUCUAAAUUAAUAAAAUAAAGAACGACAUGUCAUCUCAUUUGUAUUUUCAGGUAUAAUAUCAGUAAUUAGGUAAUCCGAAUUUAACUAGAAAUGGAAAAAAACUAGUGGUGCAGAAAUUACAUAGGGCUCAUGUUGCUGCAGAUAAGAACUAUCAAAUCAAUAGCACGUCCUUUGAUGACAACUACAUAUAUAAGCUGGACUAGUUCA